CAACAAUAAUAAUAAUAAUAAAUCGCUUCACAUUUACUACUCUCUAUGUUCUUCUUCUUCCCUUUUAUCUCCUACAACGCCCCCCACCACAUGGUCCCAUGCACCAUCACCCCCUAUUUACUCCAUUUCUGAUUAUCCCCCUUUUCUCCUCUUUCCCCCAAGUUGUCAAUGGAGUCGCAGGAUAAGAGAAUGUGCAAGACUGAAUCUGGCAUUUCUGCUGUGACGAUUGUCGAUUAUAACAAUAAUAAUAAUAAUAAUAAUAAUAAUGAUCAUCGUGUGUACGAUGAGGAUUGUUUCGGUGACAUUUUGAACAUGUUUGAUUUACCAAUGGAGAGUUUGGAUGGGGAUGGUCUUGCUGAAGAUUGGGCAGCUAAACUUGGGCCUAUACCUUCUGAGGUUUUCAGAGAGCUUGUGCCACCGGCUCCCCAAACUAGUGUCGGUAGUAACUUCGGUUACUCCAUGCCUUCGCCCUUCGAGUAUCCUCUGCUUAAUAACAAAACUUCUCAACAACAAUAUCACCUAAAACAACAGCCAGCUUUUGAUGAAGACAGAAAGCUUUAUCCUUCACAAGCAUCCUUUCACGCACCGAGCCCGAAUUCAGUCCUCGAAAGCCGAACCUCCAGCUCAAACACCAAAGGCGUCUCAUUCGGAAUCGAAAUCUCAAUCCCCAUAAGAACUCGAAGCAAACGUUUAAGACCAACUGCUAAUCCGUGGUUAACGUCCCCAAUCAUAGUACUUCCAAACAAAGACAAAAAGAGGAACAAACCAUCUAAAAAUCCUGUCACCAUGGAAACAAAAAGAUCUCUUGAAAAACCAGAACUUGUGGGGAUCAAGAAAUGUGCACAUUGUGAAAUAACCAAAACCCCACAAUGGAGGGAGGGCCCAAUGGGCCCUAAAACACUUUGCAAUGCUUGUGGGGUCCGGUACCGGUCCGGAAGACUCUACCCUGAGUACCGCCCGGCUGCUAGUCCGACGUUUGUACCCGCUUUGCACUCGAAUUCUCACCGGAAGGUGAUAGAGAUGAGGCAAAAGGCUGUUAAGUAAUCUUGUUUGAAAAUUUUGAGUCAUGGUGGUGAUGAUAUUAUUGUUUGUGUACAAAGAUGAAUGGAAACAAGGGCCCAUUUGGGGGGUGAUUAGUAUUAGGGGUUAAAAUUUAAAUCUAGUAUAUGUAUGGAGGUGAAGUAGGUUACAGUUUUGAGUAUGUAGGAGUAGUUCCAUUUGACUAUUUUAACAUUUAUGUUACUUAUCUUUGUAGGUUUUA